AUGCCAGAAAAACAACCAAAGGAAUCAAAAAGCUUGUAUAAAGACAAGUUUUGUAAGCUUAUCGUUUUGAUCUUUCAGUUGGGCACUUCGCAAAUUCGUGUUCGAACGUAUUACUUUCCGACGUGUCAAGACAAAAUCAUCAGUUUGGACAAAAUCGUCAAGGUUUACUACAAGAAGCAGAACUUGAAAGAGGAUUGUUGUCGUGUUAAACAAUGGGGAAUGUCAUUGACUCCAGUUUGGUGGGCUUGUGAUAUGGCCAGAGGAGUGCAUCGUUCAUCAGCAAACGUUUAUAAUGUAGUGAUCGAUACGGGAUCGAUGAUCUGUAAAGGCUUCUCAGUAACGAACAUCAACACGUUUCUCAGCCAUCUAGAACCGCUGAUACCAAAGGACAAAUUCGUGCCUGACCAAAUACCGUCAUAA